AUGAAAGCCACAAAGUUUGGAGUAUUUGACGACAAUUCAGUUGACACUGAGCCCUUACUAAACGAAUCAUACAAAGCUUAUGACUCUUCUGAUUUAAAUUUUGAAGAAGCCGAGGCACUUAGACCUAAAAAACGUGGAAGGAAUAGCCUAAAUCCCUAUGAAUAUGAUAAAUUAGGUUACUAUUCAAGUGAUGUCGACUUUCAAAAGGAUGACAAUUUGAGUGAAAUUUACAAGGAAAGCAGUGAACUCGAGGAAAAUUUCACUAAUUUGAAAGAAGUUUAUGACGAAAAUGAUUACAAAGUUAACGAGAAUGCUAACUUAGAUGAUAAGGUUAGGGAUACCCUUAAGGACAAGAACGAUACAGAUACCAGAUUAACAUCAUCAAGUGAAGUUCUGAGUAACUUUAACUAUGAAACCAUAGAUAAUUACGAAGUCAGCGACAACUACGAGACUAUUGACAAUUAUACAACCAGUGAUGAUUACAUAACUUCCUUGAACGAUAACUGUGACUUUUCAUUAAAAACAAAUGACUCUUCACUAAACACUGAGGAGUCAACUCUCAAAGAUCCUGAAAAGGAGGAAUUUCCCUUUGAUAAGGACCAGUUAUUGGAAAAGGAGAAAGAGUUAGAGGAAGUUACAAAGGAACAACUGGUUGAGGAGACCAAGGAACUCUUGGAGAAAGCACAGGGGUCUUCAUUUGAAGAACAAGAACAAUCACCUGACAACUUACCGAUCAAGGAACAAGUAUUAGAAAAAGAAAAAAAAGCAUCGGAAACAGAAAAUGUUUAUGUGAUCUCUGAAGAAUUGAGGCAAUCUUAUAUUCGACAGAGCAAACUACUACCAAAGAUAAGAGGAGUAUGGUUUAACUCAACUGUACGAAGAAUGGGUUGGGUAGGUCAGGCGUACAAAAAGUGCAAAAGAAUUGAGAAGAUAUUUUCAAUAAACAAGCAUGGGUUCGAAGGGGCUAGAAAACUAGCAAUCGCUUUCAGAAACUCACAGAAACCUACCAACAAAUCAGAGUUACCAAAUUAUCCCGACAUAUCCUUGAAAGACGUAAUUAAGCCAAUUUCUCAGUUGAGAAUUAACUUACAGCAACAAUCCAACCAAAACAACCCAAAGGAGACAAAGAAUAUCCUUGCAAACGAAAGGAUUCAAACCUCAACCUCUAUCAAAGAUAAGUUGGAUUAUGUGCCAAAUAAACUCAAGGAAGAAGAUGUCAGGUUUGAAACGAGGUCUAGUAAGACGAAUUUCAAGAGUUUGUAUUCUAACGAAAGUGUGGUAGAUGACCAUGAAUACCCCGUAGACUAUAAGGAUCUAAUUGACCACUAUAAGUCGGAACUGAACAAUGAAGAAAAACAAGUUAGAGAUAACACCUGCAAGGAAGCACUCUUAUUCAUGCUGUACGAACUAGAAGCUCUCGUGGAACUUGACAUACCGAUUCCUCCAAUUUCAAAAUUAGAGUGCAAACGUGGCAUAAACUUCCACAUAAACUUCCUUGAAAACUCAAAAAAGUCCGUGGAAGUACUUCCGUACAUAAAUUCACUUGCGCACUACAUAUGCAAAGGCAUAACACCAACGGACAUGACACACUUUGAAUUGUAUUCCCUGAUAAACACUCUCUCUCACUGUAUUCCUUUAAAGAUGGAGUUUUCAAGUAGAUAA